UCAGAGGCUUCCCUUGGUGCUUCCGGACCCUGCCUGAGACAACACAAGAAUGGCAGCUCCUGGGCUGACGUGUCAGAAAGUCACAGAGGGCCCGUGUUGUUGUUCCACGUCUGGCAAGAACCCAGCACUGCAUCCACAUCACCACUGCUGCUGGGAAGAGUCUGUGAAAAGGAACCAGUGGUUGAUCUCUAAGCCACCAAACCAGGAGACCCACUGAACAGCUGGUGACAGAAUCAGCACAGAGGGAGACACCCAUCCAUUUCCUGGGGGAGAUGAGGGGAGUGACAUGCCCUGUCAUCCCCUGAGGUAAUGAUCUUCCUCUGUACCCUUUGGUCUGCUCCAUUUGCCUGUCACUGGCCUGAACUACAUCCCUGAGACCCUCUCCAGGUUGCUGCCGGGCAUGUCAAAUGACAACGUCUCUCUCAGCCUGGAGCAAUGCAAAGAUUACAGCGCCAACCACCGGCUGCACCUGGUUGGCUACAGCCUGAUCUUUGUGGCAGGCUUGAUGCUCAACGCUAUGGCACUCUGGGUCUUCCUGCGCUACCUGCACCUCAAGUCUGUGGUGAGCAUCUACAUGUUCAACCUAGCCAUGAGCGACCUGCUCCUUACGCUCUCGCUUCCGCUGCGGCUUUACUACUACUCCUACCAGCACUGGCCCUUUGGCAACUUCCUUUGCCAGGUGUCCGGCUCCCUCUUUCAGAUCAACAUGUAUGGCAGCUGCCUCUUCCUCAUGUGCAUCAACCUAGACCGCUACAUUGCCAUUGUCCACCCGCUCCGCUGGCGCCACCUGCGGCGCCCCAAGCUGGCUCCUUUGCUCUGCCUGGUGGUGUGGGUGCUUAUCCUGUUGGGCUCUAUUCCGGCUGCUCUCGUCCACGGGUCAAGCUCCUGCAGGAAGGGGAACCAGACCGUCUCACUGUGCUUUGAGAGCUUCACCGAUGUCCUGUGGCAGAAGAGAAUCUUCCCACUGAUUAUCCUGGCUGAACUCCUGGGCUUCCUCUUGCCACUGAGCUCAGUGACGUACUGCUCCAUUCGGAUCUUCUGGACGCUGUGCCAGACAAGCGGGACACAGAGUCUGCGCCAGAAGAAGACCAUCCGCUUGCUUGUGGUCAAUCUGGUCAUCUUCAUCAUCUGCUUUGUGCCCUACAACACCACGUUGGCAGCCUAUGGGAUGAUAAAGGCCCAUGUGAUCCAAGCUGAGCCGCCUGUGCGGGACUCGGUGCGCCAGGUGCUUAUUGUCACAGUCCUGUUGGCCAGCAUGAACUGCUCUCUAGACCCCCUCAUUUACUACUUCAACACGGAGGGCUUCCGUAACACCUUCAAGAAGCUGCGGCGGGGACAGGCAUGGGACUCCGAGAUGGGGACAGCCAAGAUUCAGAUCCUGGAGAAAAAGCCCUACAGUGCAUGCUCCAGUCCAGCAGCAAAGCGGUACACAGGCCAAAACUUCAUUCUCCCCAAGGAGGAUUUGCCACUGGCUACCCCCAAGAUAUUUUUGAAAGACCCCAUCCAGGACUCAGAAAUAUGAUGAUGGGAAAGUCCUGGGGUUGCUGAGUUUUAGGGUGGCUACAAGAUGUCAGGAAAAUUGUGGGAGAAGUGGAAUGGUUCAAGAGGGUGGUAAGGAGAAGCCACUGGAGGAUGGCAAACUUAAUGAGGCAAAAAUAAACGAUGAAAAAUCUUUUACAACAAAAUGAGAUAUGGUGGUGAAAUGUUUCUAAAACACUGAGUACUGUGGGGAAUAUGUCCCUAGCGCACCCCCCUCCCUCCUGCGCGCACACAUGCUGCAGUUUUUAUUUUGUUCUUUACAGAGGUUCUUAUGCUGUGCUCAUCACUGUAGUAUCUGACUGCAAGAUUUUCCAAAAUGGGAUUUAGAUCCUCAGCCUCCUUCCCUCCCCCAAUUGCUACCUAGCCCUGCUGGUGCCUCAGUACCCUAGACCAGUGUUUCUCAACCAGUGGUAUGAGAACCCUCAAGGGUACUCGAGAGAAGUCGGAGGUACAUCAGCACAACUGAAAUUUGGAGAAAACUGAAUUUUUGUUUUAAAGUUUUACGGCACUAUGUACUUUUUCUGCUCAAAAAUUUCAUCACCCACCCGGCUACAAUUAAGUUGUUUAAACAAAU